AUGGACGAUCUGCUCGCGCUGCGGCGCAGCGCGGGCUUGCUGGCGGAGGAGCUCAAGGCGAGCUCGGGCGGCGGCGCGGAGGGGGGCGAGCAGCCGCCCCUGGCGCUGGCCUCGCGCGCGGUGCUCGGGGUGCAGCGGUUGCUCAAGGCGGCAAUCAUCCAGCAGCAUUUGAAAAAGAAUGGGGGACUAGCACUAGCCGUCUUCCACAUGGUCCCUCGCGCCUCGGGUUCCUGGAUCCUGCUGCUCCUAAACCUAAUCUCUUCGUAG